GGAGUCCUAGACGAGGCGCUGCGCCCAAGCGGCUCCGGGGGCCAGAGCUGAGCGCCCCGGGGUGACACUUACCCAGGCCCAGCACAGGGAUGCUGAGGCCGUUGGCGAGCGGCAGCGCUAGUCCGCCCCGCGCGCGGGAGGCCACGAGGCGCCGCGGCCACCCGCGCAGCCGCGGCACCAUCCACCACCUCGGCCCGGCCCUGCCCCCUCCGCAGAGGAGCCCGUGCCCGCCCCGGCCCGGCUCCUGCCCCCGGCCCUUGUCGCAAAACGUCGCAAAGCGGCAGGUUCGCACCGGCCCGGCGGGACCACGCAGGUUACAAAAUUCACACCCUGGAGCUGGCAUCUCACCUGCUGCCCCAGUUAAAAUGCUUUAUCUGAUUGGACUGGGGCUGGGAGAUGCUAAGGAUAUUACAGUGAAAGGGCUGGAGGUUGUAAAGCAGUGUCACAAAGUGUAUUUGGAAGCCUACACAUCCAUGCUGACUGUAGGGAAAGAAGUUCUGGAGGAGUUUUAUGGAAGGGAAUUGAUUCUGGCAGACCGAGAAACAGUGGAACAAGAGGCUGAUAACAUUUUAAAAGAUGCUGAUCUAUUUGAUGUUGCUUUUCUUGUAGUUGGUGAUCCAUUUGGGGCCACAACACACAGCGAUCUAGUUCUACGUGCAGUAAAGCUGGGGAUUCCAUACAGGGUUAUUCAUAAUGCUUCCAUAAUGAAUGCAGUGGGCUGCUGUGGAUUACAGUUGUACAAUUUUGGAGAAACAGUGUCUGUAGUUUUCUGGACAGAUGCAUGGAAACCAGAAAGCUUUUUUGACAAGAUCGGAAAGAACAGGCAGAAUGGAAUGCACACACUAUGCUUACUUGACAUUAAAGUAAAGGAGCAAAAUCUGGAGAAUCUGAUGAAGGGAAAAAAGAUUUAUGAACCUCCACGAUACAUGAGUGUGAACCAAGCUGCAGAACAGCUUCUAGCUAUUGUUCAAAACCGGAGGCUCCAAGGAGAAGAACCAGAAAUUACUGAAGAUACCAUCUGUGUUGGCCUAGCAAGGGUGGGUGCCACAGAUCAGAAAAUUGCUUCAGGCACAUUACAGGAGCUGUCCACAGUGGAACUAGGCGGCCCACUACAUUCCAUGAUCAUAACAGGAGCUAUGCAUCCACUGGAGAUAGAAAUGCUUAAACUUUUUGCUGUGGAUAAAUUAAGUUUUGAGAAUAAAAUGUGUCAAAGAAAUACAUGAAUAAAGGUGCCUUUCCUAGCCCUCUG